CUCUCCCGCCGGGCGCCGCGGCGGCAGUUACUUAGCGGUUGGGAGCGGGCGCUCGCUGCGGAUUUCUCUGCCUGGGAGGCUCUGCCGCCGGGGUGCGCGACGCAGCCGCUUCUCGCCUCGCCAUGUCCAAGGAAGCGAAGAAGCCCUUCCGCCAGAGCAUGGCCGAGUGGCGGCAGUUCGUCUACAACCCCAACAGCGGCGAGUUCCUGGGGCGCACGGCUAAGAGCUGGGGUUUGAUCUUACUAUUCUAUCUGGUAUUUUAUGGCUUCCUAGCAGCACUCUUCACAUUCACAAUGUGGGUUAUGCUUCAGACACUGAGCAGUGAUAUACCAAAAUAUCGUGACCGGAUUUCUAGUCCAGGACUUAUGAUUUCACCAAAGCCAGACACUGCAUUGGAAUUUUACUUUAACAAGAGUGACGCCCAGUCAUAUGCAGAAUAUGUUUCUACACUUAGAAAAUUCCUUGAAUCAUAUGAUGAUUCAAAGCAAUCCCAAAACAUAAACUGUACACCAGGAAGGAUUUUUGAUCAGAAUGAUGUUGCUGUUAAAAAGGCAUGUCAAUUUAACCUCUCUGAGCUUGGACAAUGCUCUGGAAAGGAAGAUAAGACCUUUGGCUAUUCUAAAGGAACUCCCUGCGUGCUUGUGAAAAUGAACAGAAUAAUUGGAUUAAAGCCUGAAGGAGAACCACGUAUAUACUGUACAUCUAAGACUGCUUGGCAAGCAGUGAAAGCCUUGGAAGAAGGCAUGGUUGAGAUAAAUUAUUUUCCUCCUGAAGGCUUGAUUGACUUAAUGUACUUUCCAUACUAUGGGAAAAGCUUGCAUGCUCACUAUUUACAGCCUCUAGUGGCUGUUCAACUAGCAAUUAACUCCAACAGUACCAAAGAAGAAAUAGCAAUUGAGUGUAAGAUCCUGGGCUCACCUAAUUUAAAAAAUGAAGAUGACCGUGACAAGUUUCUGGGACGAAUUGCCUUCAAAGUUCAGAUGACUGAAUAGCUGGAGUAAAAAAUUCUCCACAAAGUAAACAUUGUGUUGUCUGUUUUGUAUCAGCUGGACAUGCCAUUCUAGGAUAUGAGACCACCUUGGAGAAUGUUAAGGUGGUUUAUGGCGUUCAGGGUAGCAUAAUAAUAUGCUUCCAAAUCGUAUGUUUAAAAUCCCUCAAAAUAAAUGCCUAUCCUGCUUCUGCCUGCCCCAUUGGAACAGUGUACAGACUAUAGUUAUGUCAUAGGGACCUGUAAAUAGCUGUUUUCAAACACAUGAUAAUGGUGACCUUUGUCCUGUUCUAAAAUGUGGUUUUAUCCCCCAAGUGAGUGUCUCAAGCUUAAUGUGCUGUGCUAUGUAAAUAUUGUAUUGAUUUAACACUGGUUUAACUGUCAUAUCUCAAUGCUGACACAGUUACAGGGAUAAAUAAUAAAUGGUACCUGAUUGACACAGUGAAUUUUUUGUAAGAGUAAACACCUCCAACGUAACUUGUGUGUAUGGGAGUGGGUGGGUGGAUGGAUGGCUGUGUGGAGAUGCCUUAAAUUGUAGACUGGGUGGCGUGGGAGAAUUGAAAUGGAUUUUAAGAGUUGGUAUGGAUUUCUGAAAGUAAGUGCUCAACUAGUACUUUCUUGUGCGUGUCACUGUGCAAGUAUUGUGUACAUGUAAUACUUGGUAUAGAGUUUGGUAUUCUAGCUGAGGAAUUGAAUCUUUCUUCGUGUUGUUAAUUGCUUGCAAUAUGUGGAGCACAAAUAAAAUCUAUACAAUAUUUUAAAACUUUUUAGUUCAGAAAUAUCAAUAUACAACAAUUUAAAUUGUUUAGGGUCCUGGUAACAGUUGUACAACAGAGCUGCUUGAAAGAAAUGGCCUCACUAUUGUGGGAAUAGGCUUUCAUUUUCCAAUUAAAAAAUUUCCUGAAGAACCUCUGUUUAAAAAAAAAGAAAAAAAGGAUUGUCUUGAUUAAACAUUCCUGUUUAAUUUAUAUACUCUGUUUCGUUGCAUCAUUUUAACAUGCUUCACGUCUUCGUCUGCUCUUUCAUCUUGGAUUUUCUGUGUAUUUCCUCAUCAUCCAUUUAGAAAAUUGGUGUCAUCAACUGCUUUAUAGAAAUAUCCUCUUGACUUGGAGUAGAUUAAUUGCAGUUUAACUUAAAAUCCAGUUGCUAAAAUGACUACAAAUAGACUGGUUUAUUUGUGACUGCUCCUCACAUUAAACCAAGUUGACCCAUUAUAUUGGGUUAUAACUUCUGCAGUUGUGCUGACAUGGGAUAUUACUCUUCCCCAGGGUUUUUGUUUGUUUUGGUCUUUGUUUUUUUGAGCACAUGGUCCACAUUCUGAUGUCUUUUCAAUAUUAAAGACCACAGCAAAUUAGCAUUUGCAUAAAUACCUGUAUGUUCUGCUAGUUAGGCCUAAAUUUGUUACUUAACAUGUUUUUAUGCCUAAUUCUUAUAGUGGUUUUUAAUAUUUUAUUUAAACAAAUCAAAUGAAUGAUUACUAAAAUUCAAGAUCCAGUCUUAAUGCCCUGCUUUGAAAAUGUUUGAGGCCAGUCUAAGCCACAUUAGUGCAAAACUUUUAACACCUGUGCAAGCUUACACUGGUGCACAGUUGGAGGAAGCUGCUCUUAAUGGGACUUGAACAGUGUCUUGAACCUCAUUAAAAAUAGAUUUAUACUGAUCUGAUACCAUUCAGCAUGCUUUUUUGUUGUCUACAAAAGAAAAAUUGUUGUUCCUACAAUAUGCAAUGGCUACUUUUGUAAUAAUAGCAUGCAUUAAUACUGAAUAAGAAUGUUCUUUCAAAAUAUUCCAUUACUGAUGUUUUAAAUCAUGCACUUUUAGAGCUGGGAUACCUGGGUUCUUGAAGAUAUGACUGCUUGCUUCUCUGUAUAUUAAUACUGCCUGAAAGUAUUUUAAUAGUCGUGAGGGAACUUGAAGUGUAGAUGUUGCAUCUGAAAAUGAAAAGGACUGCCUUCAUGUAAAAAAAUUUUCACGUUUGUGUUCACUUAGGAAUGGUAAGACGUUCUGGAGAAACACUCAGUUUUCAAAUGAGCUGAUUUUUGCAACAAUUUCUCUUUCGACUUAUCUAUAUAGACAAAGCAUGAAAUGGCAACUCUUCACCAGCACUUUUCAGACAGGCAAGCACCUAAAGAAGCCA